AUGAAAAAUGUGAGGAUGGUAGCGAUCGCGCCUCGUCUUCAACAACAGAGGUUCUUAUUUUUAUUUUUUAUUUUUCCGUUGCUUUUAUUUAUACCGUCAAAAAGAAGUUUUUAGAACAGCUCCUGACGAAAUAAGUAGCUCACCUAUAGAUUCCGGCAAGUACAAAAUUGCAACAAUCCCAAAUAUAAUUUGCAUGGCAAGGUUUGGCGCAGAUUGUCAUUUCAAACCGAUAAAAUGUUCAGAAUCGCCGUGACCCCGGUCAUCGGCUAUUUGGUCGUAACCAACUCGUUCACUACCGCCCUUUGGUCCUUCGUUCUGGCGGGGACCUCGGACUUGGUCUGUUUUUGACUAUUUAUUGAGGUAUUUUCAAUUUCAAUGAUGCCCACAAUAGCUAUUCUGAAUAUAACGAAAAAAUUGCAGGUGGACGGCUGGAUAGCACGGAAUGUUCCUGGACAAAAGUCUCUUCUGGGCUCUGUCCUGGAUCCGGUCGCCGACAAGUUGCUGAUAUCGACAAUGUUCGUCACAAUGACCUAUGCUGGCCUGAUUCCUCGUAAGUUUUCAGUUAUUCCGCUUCAAAUUAAAAAAAACCUAAACUCCUCAUAAAAAAAAGUUAAAUUUUUCAGUUCCGUUAACAACUUUGGUCAUUCUACGAGAUGUCUCCCUCAUUGCUGGCGGAUUUUACAAAAGGUUUUACCUCAAAAAAAAUAUCUCAAGUUGGAGGAUUUUUCAAAUAUGAUUACUAUGAGACGUAAUUAACACCCUUUUUGAAAAAAAAAGUUGGUUUUAAAGUUUUAACUAUAAGCCCCUAAACCAUUUGAGUAUGGUUUAGUGACCUCUUGAACUUUGUAAAUCUGAAAACCUUCAAUUUCAGGUAUCAGACGAUGGAACCGCCCUAUUCCCUGAAUAGGUUUUUCAAUCCACAAGUUUCUUCCAUGCAAGUUCAUCCAACGAUGAUGAGCAAGGUGAGGAACGCACAUUUGUUCGGAAAUUCAUGGUUUUUGAAGCCAAAAACUCUUCUGGAUGAAGUUUGAUGCGAAUACAAUGUUAAGGUGAACACGUUGCUGCAAAUUCUGUUGUUGUCUACGUCUCUCGCAUCUCCAGUCUUCAACUUUUCACCUCCCAUCAAUGACGCCAUCUUUUUCUUGGGGUUUUUAAGAAGAAAAAAAUAAAGAAAUAAGAAAAUUCAUCUUUCAGUUGCACAACCGCGUUUACCACGUUGUUCUCGGGAUUACAGUACGCCAGCGGAUCGGCCAUCAAGAAAGUCUGAGCGAAAACGAUUUAGAGGCAAAAUUACGCAUUUUUAGAGGUUAGUUUUAACGAUUGGUUUCGUGCCAGGAAAUUUGAACAGUAGAAAUUGGAAUAGUUAUCUCGGAUCAUAUAGCUGAAUCGGGAAAAACAACCAAAUUGAGAAUUGAAAGAUCCGAAAUAGAGAGUUGGCUUCACAUUUGUGAAAUUUUUAUUUUCUUUUUUCAAAGCGAAAUUUCCGUCGAAGUACUUUCUUUGAAAUACCCAUUUUGUAACUUCUCUUGCCUCAAUUCAAAUAUUUCCAGAAACCGUUCCACGGAAAGAUCCUCAACGACGGAAACCGACGGGCUUAUGACAUGUGA